GGGGCCUACCGGGGCGGGCCGGGCCGGGCCGGCGGGGCGCUGGGCGGCGGGGCGGCGGGGGGCGCGCGAUGUGUCUCCUGUUGGGCGCCGCGGGCGUGGGCAAGUCGCUGCUGGUGAAGCGCCUGCACAAGCUGAGCUCCCUGGACGGGAAAGGUGACCUGGGAGACCCGCCCCCGACGCGGCCGACGGUGGGCACCAACCUCACGGACGUUGGCGCGCAGCGGCGGCUCACUAUCAGGGAGCUGGGCGGCUGCAUGGCCCCCAUCUGGCCCAGUUACUACGGAGACUGCCACGCUCUCCUGUUCAUGGUGGACGCCUCCAACCCUACGCAGCUCUCCGCCUCCUGCUCACAGCUCCUGGGACUCCUGUCGGCAGAGCAGCUGUCCUCAGCCUCCGUCCUGAUUCUUUUCAACAAAAUAGACCUGCCCUGUUACAUGACCACCGAGGAGAUGAAGUCCCUCUUCAGGCUCUCGGACAUCCUUGCCUGUGCCCCCCAGGACAUCAGUGUGGUUGAGGUCAGCGCCCGCCAGGGCACCGGCUUGUCAGCGGUGCUGCACUGGCUUCAGGACCAUCACGGGCACUGCACUUGAUCGCUGGCACAUGCUGGCUUCCUGCGGUGGACCACGGAGGGAUCAGCACCAAGGGUCUCUGUCCAGAUGAUGUGUGGGCCAUGCGGGUGACAUUGAGAUGCCCAGUGACAGCUGCAGAACUGGACACAGGACAAACAGCCUCUGUCACCGAUGUGGGUGGCAGCACAGUCAGCCUCUACGCCCAGGGCUGGGUCCUGCUGAGGGCUGAUGCUGGGAUUUGUUCCCCUCUCUGGUCAGUCUGGAGGCUACUCCAAGCUGGGUGCUGGGGAUCAUGCAGUGCGUGCCCGCCCUGUGUGUUGGCUACUGCCCAUGAGUUCGUGGCAUGCCAGUAGUGGCAGUGUGAACCUCCUGGACCACAGGAAGAACACUUCUGGGGUCAGACACAGGAGAGACGAUGUUGCUCAACGCAGGAGAAAAGUGCCUGGGUCAGACGCAGGAGACACGUUUGCACACUUGCUCCAUGCAGCUUUGCAUCGAGCUUUCUGUAGGACUGCCUGGCCCCUUCACCUGUGACGUCCAGGUAGAUGGUAUCAGAUGGGGCUGGCCCAUGAAUCGUUCCUGCUUCCCGUCCCCCUGCUUUCAGCUCAGAAACGUUAGGUACUUAUUUUUACGAAUGAACUACCCACAGGGCCUCUCUAACCCCCAAGAUGCUCCCCAGGGACUUGUGGGUCCCAGGAGCGCUGGACCACAGGCCUGAUCAUUGUGUCCUUCAGUGGCCCUGUUUGCAGGGCACUCCUGCUGUCAGAGUGACACGGAUGGGGAGUGACUUCAAUUUCGGGGCACAAGCUGAUGCGUGAUUAUAAAUGCCCUGUCCUUUUGCCUUAUCAACCAAACUCUGACCGUCUUCUGUUUGGGGCUUACAGCUGGAAGUGGUCUGGGGACUCUUCCGUGCCGCUUCUGCGGAGUGCAGAGUCCAGGGCCACCCCGCAGCUUGGUGCUGACAUGGAUUUGCUGGUUUGCAGGUGAAGUAGAGUGGGGAAAUGCUGGGUCCAGCAGGAAGAGCAGCAUCUGACUAGUUCAGGGUCGCGGACAGAGGGGGGGCCCGGCCCCAACACUGGGCGGCAGAGGCAAGUUCCAGACUGGAGCAGAACUACUCCCAGGGUCACAGGCCUCGGGGACGGGUGGAGCACUGCCCGGGCGCUGUGGUGAGGCCGCUUGGCAGGCCUGCCAGUGGCCCUGGACGUGUGCACCUCGAGACAGCAGGCCAGGGCGCUGCGGUGCUGCUCUGCAGCGGUCCAUAAACCGGCCGCUGCUCCCAGGGAAACCCUGCAAGUGCUUCGUCAGCAGGGAUUUGGCCUGCAUAGAUCCUAAGGGACCUUGGCGACGCUGGUGCCACGGGGACGGCCCUCGGGAUGCUGAUUGGCGGUCGGGAUGCCCGUCAUCGGACGCCGACCAAUGGGCGCUCAGUGUGAGCGCGCCGGAAGGCGGGCGAGCGGGAGCGUCCCUCCGCUCUGCUCUGGACCGCGGCGCCCGGAUUUUGUUCCUGGCCACUCAGGAGCCUCAGCUAAGAUCCCCGGUGCCAGUGCGGGUUUGGACCCCAGGGCAGGGCUUGGGCAGCUGGCAGUCACUGCUGCCUUCUGACCCCCACGUCCCGGGCCGCGAACCCAAGAGCAGAGGCCAGAUGGGACAUGUGCGUCGUCGUCCACCCAGUCCUCCAGAACUGUCACUGGUUUUCCCCGGAGCCCCAGUGCACUGGUGAAUGCAGUGUUGGCUGGGAAAAGGGCACCUGAGUCCAAACUUUAGACGGAGUCCUGUCUUGCCAGGUGUCGCCCAGAUGCAGCCUGCAGGGGCUUCCUGCUGACC